ACUGGGGAAACGAUCAGCUGAUCGCCGCACGGGCUUGAUUUUUAAAGAGACGAGAGAACCGAGCGGGGACGCGAUGUCGACGGAGGAACGGUAAACCGGAAGUUCCGGGGACGUACGGGGAUCAGGAGUCUGCAUGCGAGUGCCCAGGGCAGAACUGUUCGGGCUCCUUGAUGGAGCGCUGACCUCCGAAGACGUCAGGAAGGCUUCGUCUAGCCCUACGACGACUCACACAGGGCAGCUGCACUCGCCGAACGGCGACAGCGAUAACAGCAACGGUAGCCAGCGUGCAGUGGCUGUUACGCGAAACGACGUAGACCAGCAACAACAACCUCAUCGCCAGCGGCAACAGCGGCCAGCAACAGCCACCGUUCCGAUUCUCUCCUGCACGAAUCACUCUUCUACGACCACGACGACCACCGCCUUCACGGUAGCGUCAAGUAUGCUUCUUCUACAGACACAGAGCCCCUUCGGAUGUAGCACUCUAGCGGAUUUGUUAAGCGCGUCGUACACGGAUCCUGCAGAUGCGGGAAGCCUGCCAGAGGAACUGGACCCGUUUCCGGAACUGCAACUGGGUAAUCCGCAAGGAGUGCCAACCGCCGACGAGUCGGCACAGCCCCAGCAGGCUGUGCACCAUCAACAACCACCGCAACAGCCCCCAACGGCAGCACCCCUCCCCGAAGACGUCCAAGCGGAUUCGCUUAGCUCAACACCCUUGCCGAGCUUCCAAGAGACCUACACGGCUCCGCGGUACACCAGACAGGAACUCCAGGUCCUCGGCAUCAAAAUGGACGAGGACUGUUACGACAACCCGGUGUACCCCUGCGGCACGGGUCACUAUCCCACCGAGUUCUCGCCCACGAUGCCCUACCACGAUCACCAGCAACAGCCGCAGCAGCAGCCUCACCAUCACCACCACCAUCAUCCCCACCAGCAACAACAACCGCCACCUCCUCAGCCGCAACACCAUCAUCAUCAUCAGGGCUACUUCGCCACGGAGACGGCGCCCACACCGACAACAGCGGUCCCAUCCCCGUCGAAUCAUCGACAGGAUUCCCCGUACGGCGCCACCGUCAGCGUACCCAUGGUCUACGGGCCACCGCCGACCAUAACUGGCGGCGCCACCCCCGUGGCACCCACAGACCUCUGCCCCAACGUCGACAACGUCGUCGUCGGAACGUCCCGGUCGCGGAGGGCGUCUUUGCCUACGCAGAGGUCAGAGUCCGUGAGUAGUAGCAGUACGGAGUCGUUGAAGGCGCGUGGUGGUAGCGGUACCGGAAGUUCCGUGAGCUCUCCUUCGUCCGGAAGCGGAGCAAGCAACGAGCGGGCGCCGCCGAGUCCUAGCCAAUUGUGUGCGGUCUGUGGCGACACUGCAGCGUGUCAGCACUACGGUGUACGCACGUGCGAAGGUUGCAAGGGCUUUUUCAAGAGGACCGUGCAGAAGGGCUCCAAGUACGUCUGCCUCGCCGAGAAAGCUUGCCCCGUCGACAAACGCCGACGCAAUCGUUGCCAAUUCUGUCGCUUCCAGAAGUGCCUCAUGGUUGGCAUGGUGAAAGAGGUGGUCAGGACAGACUCUCUGAAGGGCCGCCGGGGCAGGUUACCCUCGAAGCCGAAAUCGCCGCAGGAGUCGCCCCCGAGCCCCCCCGUGUCCUUGAUCACAGCCUUGGUGCGUGCCCACCUGGAUACCACGCCCGAUCAGGCCAGCCUGGACUACUCUCAGUACCGACAGCCCAGGCCUGGCGAUCUGCCGAUCACCGAGGCGGAGAAAACGCAACAGUUCUACAAUCUUCUCACCACCUCCAUCGACGUGAUCCGCAAUUUCGCGGACAAGAUACCCGGCUUCACGGACCUCCUGCGGGAGGACCAGGAGUUGCUUUUCCAAUCGGCGAGCCUGGAGCUCUUCGUCCUGCGGUUGGCGUAUCGCACGAAACCGGAAGACACCAAACUGACGUUUUGCAACGGCGUGGUCCUGGCGCUCGAGCAAUGUCAGCGCAGUUUCGGCGACUGGCUUCACAGCAUCCUCGAGUUCUGCAAAGCGCUUCACGUCCUCGACGUGGACAUCAGCGCUUUCGCCUGUCUGUGCGCCCUCACCCUCAUUACCGAAAGGUACGGCCUGAAGGAGCCUCAUCGCAUGGAGCAGCUGCAAAUGAAGAUCAUCUCGUCCCUCCGCGAUCACGUGACCUACAACGCGGAGGCGCAGAGGAAAGCUCACUACCUGUCGCGGUUGUUAGGGAAAUUACCAGAAUUGAGGAGCCUGUCGGUGCAGGGCCUCCAACGUAUCUUCUACCUGAAGCUGGAGGACCUGGUCCCGGCGCCGCCGUUGAUCGAGACGAUGUUCGUCGGUAGUUUGCCGUUCUAAAUCGCCUCCCCCAGGGGCCCAGGAACAAUGGCCGUCGUCGCGUAGGACAAUUUCGCAGUCGAGAAUUCGUGCGGUUGCGUACACGAUUAAGUUUCCUUAGUUUCUAAACGUACACGUAGUUUCAACUAUCUUCGUUGCGUGUAUCCUCACAUGGUUUAUCACGAGUGUCGAGUGGUCGUUCCACGGGCGCGGAUAUCUGGACGUUUCGGUGUGUGUGUG